AUGUACAAUGACAAUCUCAUCCUUCGCUUGGCAAAAGCAGCUGGGGAAGUCUUGGGCAAGACGCAUGAUGAGUUGAUGUAUGCCUUCGGGGUCUACAUGGUCAAGAGGAUAGGGAAUUAUGGCUAUGAGCGGAUACUGAAGGUGCUUGGCCGGAAUGUGCGAGAUUUCAUCAACGAACUGGACAACCUGCACGAGUACUUCCGCUUCUCCUUCCCCAAGGUGCAGCCGCCCAGCUUCUGUGUGGAGGAGGAGUGCGAGACCAGCCUGACCCUGCACUACCGCAGCACCAGGAAGGGCUUCACCCAGUUUGUGAAAGGGCAACUCUCCCAAGUGGGCCGGCAGUUCUACAACACAGAUAUCGAGGUGGAGAUUCUGUCAAAGGAGGAGACAGAGAAAAUGACAUACGUGGUGUACAAGAUGAACUUUGACAAUGCUGCCUUCAAGCAUCGAAUGCCCCAGCAGAAGACGGCCCCUGGCUACGAGAAACUGCCCAUGAAGAGGGGCAUCUUUUUCGACAUGUUCCCCUUCAGCGUCAUAUUCCGCCGGGACAUGACCAUGUACCGGAUCGGCGACGGCCUCAAGGAAGUCUUCUCCGACCUGCAGGGCAAGAAGGUCGACGAGGAGUUCACCCUGAUUCGGCCGAUGCUUGAGUUCAGCUGGGACAAUAUCUACACCCACCUGAACAAUGUGUUUGAGCUGCUGUCCAAAGCUGUGGUGGAGAGCAAACAGAAGGUGAACAUCCCAAAGCUCAGCAAAGAGGAGCCUGAGGAGAAAGAGGAGGUUGAGAAACCGAAGAAAGAGAAGCGGGACGACAAAGCCAUGGACGACAUGAAGGGGGUGGACCAGGAGUACAGCAGUGCUCUCACGCAGUACAACAGCUCUACCAACUCAGGCGGAGAGGACAUCGAGCUGCUCGCCUUCCAGACGGUGACCGGGAAAUGCAGUGAGACCAUAUUCGAGGACAUGCGGGAGCCACCGAAGAAGCCCCUUCACCUGAAGGGCCAGAUGAAGUAUGUGCCCCAGUGGGACUCCCUCAUCUUCCUGGGGACGCCCAUUAUCGAGACUGUGGAGGACAUGAUUAAAAUGGGGGUUUAUGUAAACGACCUGAACCUACACGACUCCAGCAGAGAACUCAUUCUAGCCGGCACACAGCAGUCGGCUGAGCUUCAGCUGGCGUUGGACCAGGAGCAACAGAAGUAUGCCCAGCUCCAAGAGAUCAUUAAGAAGCUGGACGAGGAGAAGAAGAGAGGCGACUCCCUGCUGUACGCCAUGAUCCCUAAAGCUGUGGCCGACCGGCUCCGCAAAGGCAUCACGGCUCUCGAGACCUGUCAGGUAUUUCCAGAUGUCACCAUCUUGUUCAGCGAUGUGGUCAAGUUCAACGAGAUCUGCAUUCACAUCACACCCAUGCAAGUGGUGGACAUGCUGAAUGAAAUCUACAUCGUCUUCGACACCCUCAGCGAGAAGCACAAUGUCUACAAGGUGGAGACCAUCAGGGAUGCUUACAUGGUGGUCGCGGGCGUUCCCAAUAAAACCACAUUCCAUGCCCACCACAUCUGCGACAUGGCCCUGGACAUGCUGAGCUCUAUUGACCACCUGAAGGACCCCUCCACUGGGGACAACAUUCAGAUCCGAGUUGGCAUCCAUUCUGGCAUGGUGGUGGCAGGCGUGGUGGGACUGAAGAUGCCGCGCUACUGUUUGUUUGGGGACACGGUGAACACAGCCUCCCGGAUGGAGAGUAAUGGAGUGGGCAUGCAAAUCCACAUUAGCCAAACCACAAAGGACCACCUGGAACAUGAGCCAUACAUUAUUGAAGAGAGAGGAAAGAUUUUUGUGAAGGGAAAGGGCUACAUGAAGACAUAUUGGCUGAAGGGGAAGAAGGAUCUCUCCUUCAAGACUCCAGCUGAACUGAGGUACAGCAGCGAGCAGAAAGACUCGGAGGACCGCAGCUCCAACGGCUCCACCUGCACCAACACCAAACGCUCCAGCUCCAACCUGAACAUCCCCAACGAGGAGCAGGCCGAGGCCAAGCCCUCAGAGCAGACAGAUCUGCCGCCCGAAGCCCUCCCCGCGCCGGAGGGCAGCACGGAGGACAACACGGUCGCCGCGGAGCCCCAAGACAAAGAGAAGGUCAAAAAGACUAAGAACAACAAAGGCGGGAAGGUGGAGAACAACUCGGGCACCGCGGCAGAAGGGGCGCCCCCUGCUGGUGGCGAGGAGAACGCGGCUGGCCUGGUGCUCAAUAACAAGAAGCAUAGUUUCAGGCAACAGUAUAGGCGGUUACCAGCUAACCUCCCCAUGCGCAGCACGGCCUGCAGGCUCCUCUAA